AUGGCGCAGUGGCGCGUGGCUAAAAUUCGUCUAAACAUUGUUGUCCAACAAUCUGUUGCUGGCGGUUUGAUGCGAGCCGCGCACUGCCGCGCUGUACCGCGCCGCCCCGCCCCGCGCCGCCCCGCGCCGCCCCGCGCCGCCCCGCGCCACGCCGCGUGCCGCCUACGCAAUACGGCUACAAAAUUAUAUACUGAAAAUGGUUGCAACUAG